AUGCCUGAGGAAGAAACAACACUCUACGGCGGAGGUUCUUCUACUGCACAACCGAAGGUUCACCAACUGACAGAAGAAGCUCAACAAAAUCUUAUCCAAGCUCAAAUGGGAACUUCAUCUUCAUCUGCCCUGCCAAGUGGCCAUAUGUUCAGCAGGAUAGAUCAGCACAAAAAGGCGGAAGUUACCAAAGAACCAAUCCUAGCCGAAUUUUUGAAGAAGAAAGAAAAGGAAGAAACGAAGAAGAAACGGGCGGCAUGGAAAACUAGCCGGAGAACUUUGAUGGAGGACUACCUCCCUAAUUCCGAAUCACGAGUUGAACCUGAUCUUGAAUUUUCAGAAUCGAACAGGAAUUCUGCCAUGAUUCAUAAAGACUCCGUUUCAGAGCAAAGUCAGCCUCUUAUUCAGUCAAAAGCUAUCUCUUUAUGUGACGAAACUCAACUUAUUCGAAUCAACCCGUUAUCCGUGUCCGAUGGAGGUGGUACUGCGAGGGCUGCUCAGCCGUCGACGCCUUCAGUGAACUCGCAUCGCAAUUCUGGACCGGGCAUUAUUGCUGGCCCGAAGUGCACGGCGUGGCCAGAAACAAUCGCGACUGCUCGCAGUGAUGGAAAAGAAGAAUUAGCUCAGAUACUGGGCACACCAGCCACGGAUUCCCUCGCUCAGGGCACGACGUCGGCGUACUCGGCUAUGAGCCUUCGGGUCCCGUCUUUCUAUCCCCAGGGCACAUUUAGGGAAGUUAAGAAGUCUGGUCAUCGCUCACUCGGUCCAUAA